UGCACGUAUCGCAUCGACGUUCGAUUAAUGUAGACUAGGGAUUGUGCUAGUCGUUUAAGCGGAGCUGAAACAAAUCGAGGAUGAUAUUUUUUACUUUGCUUUAAACUUGCUUUGUAUUCCACAGGUUGUGGCCUUUGGCAGGAUGUCAGGAUGGCAAGUGGCCCUGGCUUGCCGGACAGCCUGGUGCUGGAAAUCUUCUUGCAUCUCCCUCAUAAGGCUGUGCUGAGCGCUGGGUUCACCUGUCGUCAGUGGUUUGCUGUGUCGCGGGAUGAGUUUCUCUGGAAGGAGCUCUUCUACAACUACUACUGCAUCCCACGCUCUGUGCCUCGCCACCCUGCGGCUGUGUCAUGGUACAGGGAGUUCAAGCGGCUGUAUGACUGCAUUCCCUGUGUGGAGGUUCAGACUCUGAAGGAACAUCAUGAUCAGGUCCUGCAUUUGGCCUUCUCUCACCGUGGACAUCGCUUCUCUUCCUGCUCCAAAGACUGUACUGUUAAGCUUUGGGACACGGAGCGAUCAGAUGGCACCAUAUCUUUGGUUCACAGCUCCAGCAUGCGGCAGUUUAACUGGGGCUACACUCAGUUCUCACAGUUUAAUGCUGAUGACACCCUGCUGCUGGUCUCAGGGGUCUACCUGGGCCCACAUCACUCCUCCUCUGGAGAGAUUGCAGUCAUCAGUUUGGAGAACUACACUCUGCUGUCCCGUGUGAGAAAUAAGCCAUAUGAUGUUUUUGGCUGCUGGCUGAAUGAGACCCACCUAAUCUCUGGUAACCUGCACUGGAUUGGCAACAUGACCUCCUGCUCUGUGCUCUGGCUCAACAAAGCCUUCCAGGACAUCGAGUCAGAAAAUGUGAAUGUGGUGAAGCGUCUCUUUAAGAUCCAGAACAUCAAUGCCAGCACUAUCCGCACAGUUAUGGUGGCCCACUGCCGUCGACACGACUCUCCUGACCUCCUUCUGGACUAUGAAGCUCAGUCACAGGCACAAGCUCAAGCCCAGCGGACACAGCAGCACCAGCCGCUCUUUUUUGAUCUGGGAAACACAGACAGUGAAGAGGAGGAGGAUGAACAUGAUGAGGAUGAAGAGGAUGAGGAACGAGGAGAAAAAAGAGUGUCAGCACAUCUGCCCGCAUGUAACCCAUCCGGGAUUCAGCAUGUUAUACACGGUCAUCACAGCAUAGCCACGCGUGAUCGAGAGUUGGAGACUAAGGUGGCCAGGUUGAUGGGCAGCAGACGCACUAAAGCUCCUGAUCCAAACCUGGUCUCUCCAACAGCUCCUGGAGAAGGAGAGGACAAGACCUACCUCCUCUUCACCACCGGCAGCCUUACCUACUCGCCUCACCAAAUAGGCAUCAAGCGAAUAAUGCCUGAUCAAAUGACGACGUGCGGUCCUGUGUUGGGAGAGGAGCGCAAUACAGAUGAAUUCUUUGACUCACUGGAUCAUGUGAUCGACAUACAUGGCCACAUCAUUGGCAUGGGUCUGUCACCUGACCAUAGAUACUUGUAUGUAAACAGUCGAGCAUGGCCAGCAGGCUGUGUGAUAUCUGACCCCAUGUCCCCUCCGCCCAUCGCAGAGGAGAUCGACCUGCAUGUGAUUGAUCUGAAGAGUCUUAGAGAAGAGCGCCGCAGCCUUCGAGCCCACCGGGCCUUCACACCCAACGAUGAGUGCUUCUUUAUCUUCCUUGAUGUCAGCCGAGACUUUGUCGCCAGCGGAGCAGAGGACAAGCACGGUUACAUCUGGGACCGGCACUACAACAUCUGCCUGGCUCGCCUGAAACAUGAUGAUGUGGUCAACUCUGUGGCCUUCAGCCCAGCAGACCAGGAGCUGCUGCUGUCCGCCAGCGACGACUCCACCAUUAAAGUGUGGCGCUCGCCACGCAUGGUGCGCCUCGCUGAGGCACUCCAACGCCCCCCUCGGGCUCGCAAACUGCUUUCCUCCUUGUUUGGCCACAGAAGUGCUAAUCUGAAUGGUAAACCCUGACCGGACCCUGGUGGGCGUAACGCAAGAGGGAAGCACCACAGAAAGACACUCCAUGAGCAGAGCGGAACAUGUGAGGUCAAGAAACUGAGGACUCCACAUGGCUCCAACGAGAACAAGAAGGAUACAUGUAUUCCUUAGUGGCCCUUUUGCAGGACGUACUGACCAACAGAUCACUGGGAGAUGAAAAGCGAUUUUAGCAUAAAGAAACAACAAAAAAAGUGUCUUUGGAAUGCUAUAUUUGUGAAAUAUCAAUGAUACACAUGAAGACAGACGUGGAAGACAGACAUCAACAGAAUAUGCGAUUUCAAGAGCAAAGAAUUUGAAGAGAUAUUAAGGUCACAUUCACAUAUAUGUGUGUCACGUGUGCCGUUUGAAAGUCCGUUUAACCCUGUCAUAAAGAAUGGAGCGCCACCUUUGCAUGCCUGCACGUUUGUAAAUUAUAUAUUUCUUUUUUCUGUUGCCACCUUUUUUAGUAGAUGUUACAAGCAACCUGAUUAUAACAAGGACAUGGUCAGAGUAUUUAAAUACUAAGAGAAAAAUGACAAUUCUGCUACUAAUUUACAACACAAUUGUCACUGGUGUUUUAUCUCUGUUCCAGUUUUAUGUAAAGGAGGAGCAGUUUAAUUUAACAUCAUUACAUAACGACAGUGCACGUUUACUCCUGAGUUACCCCAUCUACACCUUUAUUGUUGAAAACAGUUGAAUCCAUUGUGCAUAUGGUUUGUGUCAUACAGGUUAACAAUCAUAGUAUAUUGAAAAUAUAUAUAAAAAAAAAAAAAAUCCAAAGAAAAUCAACGACAUUGUUGAACUUUUAGUUGUUGGCUAAACAACCAAAAAGCUGAAGAAAAAGGGUCAAACACUGACCAUUUUCCAUUAUGUUUAUUUUGGUGAGCUCCAUGACUUUAUGGCAUUGAGAUACUAUGCAGCAUCAGGGUGCUUCGCUACUUCAUAUCCAUAAGCAGGUUUACCUCACCUCCAGCACCUCAUUGUUUCACCUCACAUUGUUUACCAGCAUUAAAUAUUCAGCGAAGGUGCUCAUUUGUUAUCAUGAAAAAGUGACUCUAAAAUGCUCCCCCAUUCCUAACAUUUAUGAUCUAUAUAUGUAAAGCUCAGCUGUAAUGUUACUCCUGCAUAUGACUUUCUUGGUUUAAUUCUGGUUCCUUAAGAUUUUAUUUAACCUCUUCAAGUGAUUUCAAUCUCAUCUCCUAAUAAUAAUUUAGUUGGAGUUUGGAUAAUGGCGUGCAGCAUUCAUCUCUGUAGUUGCGAGUACAUCAGUUGUUUUGUUUUUAAUGGACCUGAUUCCCUGUGUGACAUUUGUUUGAGCUUGUGCAUCUGAUUUUCCCCACAUGCCCUUUGGCUAUUUGCCAUAAGUAUAUUUUGUAUUGUGGAAUGUGUAAAAUUAGUUUGACCCAUUAAACUAUUUUUCUUUUACCAUA